AUGGCUCCUCCAAAGCUGCCUCAAGAGCUCGAGGAAUAUGUGGCGAAUUUGGAGAAGAAAGCAUCGAGUAUUCCACCGCAAAUUCUUGUUACUUCCGCCUUCGCUGCUGGUGCUAUCACUGCUAUCGGAGCUUCGAGGAUAUACAGCCGUUAUUUCAAGAGAAUACAGAACAGUGACUGGAUUACCCCAGAAAGCUUUCAAAAGAAACGUUGGAUUAAGGGUAUCGUGACCAGUGUAGGAGAUGCUGACAACUUCCGGUACUCAGUCGUCGCGUUUUUCCCCUUAUUGUACCACACUCCUGGAAUCGGAUGGACCUGGCCAUUGAAGUUCCGACGCGUACCCUCAACAACGAGAGAGCUAAAGAACAAGACUGUACACAUCCGAAUUGCUGGCGCAGAUGCUCCAGAGGCUGGUCACUUUGGCCGCCUAGCUCAACCAUAUGCGGAAGAAAGCUUGGCAUGGCUGACGAAUAGGAUUAUUGGACGGACAGUAUACUGCCAGUUGACUCAGCGCGAUCAAUAUGCUCGAAUCGUCGCAAAUGUUGUCACAAAGAAAAGGUUCUUGCCUGGGUCUUUCUUUGGCAACAAUCUUUCGCUUGAAAUGCUUAAAUCCGGAUGGGCUACUGUAUACGAACAGGCUGGAGCAGAAUAUGGAAAAUGGGGUAAAGAAGAGUUUCUCAAAGCAGAAACUGGUGCAAAAGCCUCAAGAUUAGGAAUAUGGAAAAAUGGGCUAGACGGGGAAACCCCCGCGGAAUACAAACGCCGACAUGCUCAAGCAGAAGCCAUACCAGCUUUGAAAGGUGACAAGUCAAAAAUCAAAAACACACCUUCGUCAAGUCCUCGGUCAUUUCUCAAUAAGCUCAGGUUUUGGUAGCGGUUGCAUGCCUAGAAAGCUGGGUGGACAUGAGAAGGGAUGUAGAUCAUUAUCACUCUUAGGAGUCUCUGUGGUCCCACCCUAGAGAAGUAUCAGUGCUCGAUGUCUAAAUUACCAUCCUAUCACGUAGCCCAGAUCGAGUGGAUGUAUUUAACAAUCUGCUUUGGGCCGUCGUGUUCACUCUCCCUUACUCUGCUCUUACUUCUCACAAUGGAAAACAUAGUCUCGGAUCGACUAUUUUUUGGAAUGACUCCGAAUCAUUUUGUUUUUGCACAAUCUAGAGGGCGGUUGCUUCAUAUUCCUCCCGAUCCUGUGGAAAUCUUCUACGCAUCAAAAGGUGUUGAACCUUCAAUUGUACUGCCCUGAAUAAUCGGUGAGUAGACAAGACAGUGAGUCAGUAAAGAUGAUUCAAAAUUUCUAGUUAUG